CGUCACUUUGACCAUCUGACGAUCUUUGAUCUCACUCUAUGCUACCUAUGACGCCAAAGAACGGGGUCUCCAACACUUCCCCGCUGAACGGCGCUCACUCGACAGCCAAUAACAGCGAUACAGAAGAGGAGGAAGGGGCUUAUAGAGAAGACCCCAGUUCUCCGCUUCCUCCAACAACUCCUUCGACACCUGCCACGGGCCGGCCCCGAAGGAAACGCUCCAGGGGAAGACGGAGACGAAAAAUGGCUCUGUCCGCUCCGCUUUGUCAAGACACUGAGAGAACCGACUUGAAUACCAUACACGCAGAGACUUGCGAUACCUUGAAAUCCGGAACGAGUACAUCCCUAGCAGCCGCUUUCCUUGCUACCCUUCAAGCCAAACCUGAUGAUGAUGAAUAUAACCUUGCCCCUGUAAAUGUACCCCCACAAUCGCACGAAUUUCAAGACGAUAAACGGAGCACAGCCCAAAAUGAGCCUCACACCGAAGAUUAUGAAGAUAGUGACGAGAACUAUAUAUGGAAGGAGGAACAUGUACCUGAUUGGUUGGCCAAGUAUUGGUAUCAACGGUAUAGUCUCUUCUCGAAAUUUGAUGAAGGUACCAUGUUGGAUGAAGAAAGCUGGUUCUCCCUGACGCCCGAGAAAAUGGCAGAGUAUCAUGCGAAGCGAUUGUCUUGCGACACCGUUGUUGAUGGGUUUUGUGGGGCUGGCGGAAACUCAAUACAGUUUGCUAAAACCUGCAAAAAAGUGAUAGCAGUUGACAUUGAUCCUAUCAAGCUCCGCUGUGCACGGAAUAAUGCCAGAAUUUACGGUGUUGAAGAUAAGAUUCAGUUUAUUUUAGGUGACUUUUUGAAAGUUGCAGAAACCCUCCAGGCCGACGCUGUGUUUGUAUCACCACCAUGGGGCGGUCCAGAGUAUUUGAGUUCAGACGUAUAUGACAUACCCACGAUGCUGCCGAUUGACGGAACACAGCUGCUACAAGCUGCAAGAAAGAUAUCGGACAACAUAUGCUUAUAUAUGCCUCGAAAUGUAAAUCAGCAGCAGUUGAUCGAGUACGCUGGCGACGCCGUCUGCGAGUUAGAACAGGAGUUUCUAAACGGAAGACCGAAAGCCCUUGUUGCCUAUUAUGGGCAAUUGGUAGGAAAAGGAGAUGGAGAAGAAAUACAGAUACAUGAGCAGCCUUGACGACGUGCACACAUGUAUAUAUAUUGUUUCAAGAAAUCGCUCGUAUUCAAGCUAUUCCGU